AUGCUUUCUCGAGCCGCUCGCCAGGCGCAAUUUGCCCUCCCUGUGCGAAAUGUAGCCAGCGUUGCGACGCGUGAGCCUUCUGGGCCAUCAAUGAAGACCAAAGUGCCAGGACCAGCUUCACUAGAAAUCAAAAAGAAGAUGGAUCCUUUGCAUCAAACGACGUCCGUUCGUCUGUUCGCGGACUUCGAAAAAUCGUUCGGUAAUUAUAUGGUUGAUGCCGACGGAAACACCCUACUUGACGUCUACACACAGAUUUCUUCUCUUCCGCUCGGGUACAAUCAUCCCGAUUUGGUCAGGGCCGCUGCUAGUCCACAUUUCAUUACGUCGCUGGUUUCACGGCCUGCGCUAGGUUCUUUCCCUCGAAAUGACUUCCCGGAUGGUAUUUCGAAAGCGCUCACUUCAGUCGCUCCUAAAGGACUUAAGGCUGUGCAAACAAUGCUUUGUGGAACUUCCGCUAAUGAAAAUGCCAUCAAGACAGCUUUCAUUUGGUACAUGACGAAUCGACGUGGUGGAAAUCCUCCUGAUCAAAAGGCUCUUGAAACUGCCAUGGUGCAAAAUCAGCCCGGAACUCCACGACUUUCCGUGCUUGGCUUUCAUGGUGCUUUCCAUGGGCGAUCCCUCUGCAUGUUGUCAGUUACCCGGAGCAAGGCUAUUCAUAAGGUCGACAUCCCAGCAUUUGAUUGGCCCAUUGCGAAGUUCCCUCGAUACAAGUAUCCGCUAGCUGACAACAAGGAGUACAAUGACGCCCAAGACAAAGACUGCCUUAAGGACGUUCGGGAAAAAAUCGCCGAAUGGAAAAAGAAGGACCACGAUGUGGCGGCGAUUAUUGUGGAGCCUAUUCAGGCUGAAGGUGGAGACAACUAUGGAAGCCCUGCUUUCUUCAAGGAAUUGCAGAAGAUCGCAGCUGAUAAUGGAAUUGUCUUCAUUGUUGACGAGGUGCAAACUGGUGGCGGAGGAACGGGCGAUAUGUGGGCACAUAGCCAUUGGAACCUUGACACUCCUCCCGAUAUCGUCACCUUCUCAAAGAAACUUAUUACCGGUGGAUAUUUCUACAAAGAACAUCUCCGUGUAAAAGAGGGAUACCGAAUUUACAACACUUGGAUGGGAGAUCCUUCAAAACUGUUCCUUUUGGAGAAAGUGAUCGAAGUCAUAAAGCGAGAUAACCUCAUCGAGAAAACUAAGAAAGUGGGAGAGACGUUCCAAAACGAACUGGCAAAACUGCAGGCGAGUCAUUCAUCUAUAAUCAGCCAAGCCCGUGGAAGAGGAACGUUCGCAGCCAUGGAUUUCCCUAAUGCUUCAGUUCGAGAUAAAUUUGUGGAGAAGGCAAUCAACCUUGGCCUGCAUUGUGGUGGAUGUGGAGAGAAGUCGUUACGUUUCCGACCAUCAUUAGUGUAUGACAAGCCGCACGUUGAAAUCACAUUCGAUCUGCUUGACAAAGCCCUUAAACAACUUUGA